AUGGACGGCAAUGAUAAUUACUCGCAUCGGGGUUUUGAGGACAGCUCAGAUGAGGAAAUCUACGCCCAACAGCAAAGCCAAAGAAACCGCCAAAAUGGCGCCAGCCGAGGCCGCCGCCGCCGCCCCCGCUCCAAGGAGGAUGCGAUGCUAGGAAUCUGGGCUGAGGACGACUCUGACAGCGAUAUGGCCAGACUAUCCACCAUCGCUACCGACCCCUUGAACCCAAUUGGCUUUGUGUCCGCCGCUGACGCCCCGGCAGCCCCAAUCCCUGAAAGCGCAGACCAUUUAGAUACCCCGGACCUGCCCGCAUCUACCAUUAGUGCUCCCUUUGCUGGCCAGAAUCAGAAACGCACUUCUGAGGAAGCUACGAGCAGUCAUGCUGGUAUUGGCGACACUAAUGAACCGGCCGGUCAUUCGGUAUCCAAAUUCAAAUCCAGCUCAGACUCAGACUCAGACUCAGAUUCAGGCUCAAAUUCUAGCUCCAGCUCAGACUCAGACUCGAGCUCUGAUUCCGAUUCCGAUUCCGCCUCCGAUUCAUCAAGCUCGGACUCUAAGCGCACAGCACCAGCGUCGUCAUUGCCAUCGAAAUUCCCAGCAGCGGCCCCUACAAAGCAUGCACCCAGCAACCGGAAGCCACACCAGCAGCCACCACCGAGCAAGGAUUUUGCGAAAUUCGCCGGAAGCGCUGUCUUGGGGAUGAUGGCCAAAAUGGGCUACACACCCGGCCAAGGCCUAGGGAAGCACGGCGAGGGACGCGUCGAGCCAGUCCAAGUCCACCUGCGCCGAGCAGGCGAAGGAAUUGCAUUUAGCGGAAGCGAGCGCCCUCCCGAAGCACCACUGCCAGGCUCCGCCUCUGCCCGCGGCCCAACCGGACGCCAACAGCGGCAGGCCGCUUCUAGGACGCCUCGCAGCCCACAAACGCCGCGCGCACCGCCACGCCCCAAGAUCGAAUACAAGACCAUUGAAGAGCUGCAGCGCCAAACAGCCGCCAAAAUGAAGGAUAUCUUUGUGGAUAUGACCACAAACACAGAGGUUGCGUCGCUUGCCGAGCUUGUGGCCAAGCGCUUGCCGCUCAGCGAAAAGGAAAAGCUGGUCAACGAUGUGCGCAUCGGCCUCGAUCUCACCUUUGCAAGGCUCGAGGAGCACACGCGCGAGCAGUCGAUCGAAGAGAGCAGGCAGGGGUCGCUGACAAAGGAAAUCCAGACACUGAGCCUGACCAUAGACAAGCGCCUUACGCGCAUAGAGUGCCUCGAGGCGCUGCAGCAGUCCAUUGCUGCCGCGCGGGCUGCUUCCGGCACCAUCCAGCUUAGUACUGCCGCGGGGGAAAAGCCUGACUUCUCGGCGCUGCACAAUGCCUACGCUGACAUUCACCGGUUGGCAAAGCAGAUCGAGGCACGCUGCGAGUUUGACGCCUGGGGGGAAUUCCAGCUAGAAAAGGUUGUUACCAGCACGCUCUACCCCCACUUGACAACCUUGUUCCGCGCUUGGACCCCAACAGAUUAUCCACAGUUGCUCAACCAAGUGUUGGCCCCCUUGCGCGCCUAUGUCCGGACUAGCGACACGAGCAUGGCUGCAAAUGAAAUGACCCCGUACGAGUCUUUACUGAACAAGACGCUGGUCCCACGUUUGAGGCGCUUUGUAUUCACUGAGUGGGACCCCAUGGCCGACAGCAUGGCCCAGCUGCUGGACGAGCUGCCUCCUGUGAUCACAGCCGUGCUUUCCAACGAUAUCGGCGCCGUGCUCCAACGCUGCAUCGACGCCAUCAACCCGCGAACAGUCAUGGAAAGCUACAGGCGCACGCUAGCGGGUCCAGAGUCUUCUGUCACAGAGGCUCGCUCGAAUCAAUUGGCUGCACUGCGAAUCGACCAUGUAGUUAUCCCCUGGCUUCCCUUUGUCUACAGCCAUGCCGAGCUGAUGUCAAGCGUACGACGUAAGCUCUGCGCGGCACUCGACCUGUGGGUGCCCUCUCGAGAGAGCAACAGCGACAUUAUAUCAAUUAUUUCCCCUUGGACGGAACUAUUCCAGGGUAAGGAGCUGCGCAGGCUGAGUGCCAAGGUUGUCGAGCGCUUGGAGGGCAUGCUGCGCGCAGAAUUUGAAUUUAAUGCACAGCGCCAAACGACCUGGCCAUUUAAGGUGCUUCUCAAGUGGCACUCCCAUCUGCCAUUUACCGACUGGUUUGCCCUGGUUAAGCGCCGGAUUUUAUCGGCCUUUAUUGACUAUCUGAGGCGGUGGUUGGAGGACCCACAAGCUAACUACGCCGAGAUUGCCGAGUGGUACUGGCAGUGGAAGAUAUUGUACCCAGCUGCAAUCUUUGAGCGAGCGGAGGUCCAGCGCGAGUUCAAAAAGGCACUGGUACUGAUGACUUUGGCAAUGUCUCAAAGAGACUCCUCGCCUCCCUCUCAUAGCCAUUUGUUGUGA